CAAGGCAACACAACGUCAGCUUGAUUGAACAGACGUGAACAUGUCUUCGAUUCAAGCGCGUAAAGACGAAAUCCUCGCCAAAAAGGCCAAACUCGCAGAACUCAAGCGUAAUCGUGAGCUGCGGCAGAAGGAGUUCACCAACAAUCGACAAAGUCUUGAUGCUACAGAGUUAGCUGCACCUUCACCAUCCCGAGUGGGCGGCAGCAGUGCCAAACGAGAGGACAUCGAUGAACUCAUUUCCUCCUUAGUCGACCGACGUUCCUCGACAUCAACACCCGUUACUCCAACAGCAAAGAAACGCGCGAGUGGAACAGAUCAGUCUUCAGAAGGAGCCGGGACGCCGCCUCGAACCAAACACCAGGGAUACCAGGAUGCAGCCACAUCACCGCAACCGCUCACGAUGGGCGAAUUGACGACCGUUUUCGAAAUCCCCGUGGAAUCGAAGCCGGAGAUUAUAAGCUACAGCAAAGGGGUGCAGACUUCAGAACAGUGGCAGCAGACACCCGAUAGCGACGAGUCAGGAGAGGCGGAUGGAACGAGCAGAACUCCCACGCGCAGACGCAGGAAGCUGAGCCAGAGGGAGAAGGAGUUGGAGGAAGAGGAGAUUAGACAACGAUUACGACAGGAGAUUGAGGAAGAGCUCAAGGCUUUGCAGUUGGACGAGAAAAUAGACCCGGAGAAGGAGCGAUUUCCAGUCAGGGCGUUGGCACCAGAGGAGCUCAGUGCGGUGACAAGCAGCAACGACUUUCUGGACUUUGUGGAGAGGAGCAGCAAGGUGAUCGAGCGAGCUCUAGACGAGGAGUACGAUGUACUGGCCGACUAUGCUCUGCAAACACGAGACGCCGAGGAUGACGACGAAUACGUUGGGAGGAGAGGCAGGCGAGUCAAGGAGGUCGCACAAUUCGAUCUGCACGAUGCCAUGGGCAAGAAGCGCAUGAUCAGUGACAUGGACUUCAGUCCCAAAUUCCCGGAACUGCUCUGCACCUCCUACACCAAGUCUCAAUCAUCACCGCAUACCCCACCCGGUCUGCUCAACGUCUGGAACAUGCACCUCAAAGGUCGACCAGAAUACUCGCUCCACGCCACAUCCGAUCUUCUAUCCUGUCUCUUCCAUCCUCACCAUCCUUCACUCAUCCUUGGUGGUACAUACAGUGGGCAGCUAUGUCUCUGGGAUACUCGGGCUCGCAAUCAGCGGACCGGCGAACCAGUACAAAAGACGCCCCUCACAGGCGGUCGCAGUGGCCACGCCCAUCCUAUUUACAGCCUCGCUGUUGUCGGAACACAGAACGCCAGCUCUGUCGUCUCCGUGAGCACCGACGGCGUAGUCUGCGCCUGGUCGACAGACAUCCUCACCCAACCACAAGAAUUCCUCGAACUCCACGCUCCGAAUCCCUCUGCCUACAAGACAGACGAUGUAGCGCCGACCUGCAUCUCCUUCCCAGCAAGCGACCCGACCUACUUCCUCUCCGGUACUGAGCAAGGCAACAUCUUUCCCGUCCACCGCUACGACCGAGCGGGCGCCAAAUCCGGCGUCGAUGUCCGCACCAGUUACCGCGGACACGAAGCUCCGGUCACGGGAAUCGACUUUCACCCUGCUCGCGGCAAGAUCGAUCUGGGUGACCUCUUCGUCAGCUCCGGUCUUGACUGGAGUGUCAAAGUCUGGCGUGCACGACCUCCGAGUUCGACUGCGAGUACCAUCUCCGGCAACACAGAGAUCGUUAAGCCGCUACUUGAGAUCCAGCGAGAAGACAGCGUGUACGAUGUCAAGUGGAGUCCUACCAAACCUGGCAUUUUUGGCUGUGUCGACGGUGGCGGAAGAAUGGACAUUUACGACAUCAACGCGAGCUCGGAGGUGCCGGUUGGCGGUGCGCGGCCGAGCCAUGUGGAGAAAGAUAUGUACUCGCUCAAGAGUCUGAACAAGCUGGCGUGGGAGAAGACGCAAGGCAAGCAUGUGGCGGUCGGAGGCCUGGACGGCAUUGCAACGGUGUUCGAGGUGGGAAGUGAGUUGGGUGGUGUGGAUACGAAGAGUGAGGCGUGGGUUGGGGUGAAGAAGUGGAUGGGAAAGCAGACGAAGAGUAAGGUUGAGUCACAGGAGUGA